AUGGAUCACGACGAUGAUUUAACAAACAUGGUUUUCACUCCUCCUCUCUCCUGCCGAUCUGGGAGCCGCAUGUCACGAAGAUCAAACCAGGAACCGCAGGAGACAGUGCGCCAGUUCUGGGACCAAUUCAACACCAAAUUCCCGGGUAAGGUGUACACCGUGUUACCCAAUAACCCCUACGCACGUGCCAAGGCUGCGAAAGUCCCCAAGGGAGUCAUCCAAGGACAAGAUGCCGGAAAGUCGUACGAGCAAGCCCGGAAGGAAUGCGAGCAGACUGUCGAGCGCAUUGUGAAUGAGUGCAAACGGGUGAAUCAGAAGUACACGGAUCCUCACUUUGACAUUGAGGUGGACCUUAAGUCGGGGAGGAGAUAUUACUUGGAUGGGUUAAAUGAAAUGAAUAUGGAGAUGCGCCCGAGGGGCGUCAAACGAGUGACUGAGGUCUUUGAGAGGCCGCAAUUCUUCGUCAAUGGUCCGACUGCUUCGGAUGUGCGACAGGGUCGAGAUGGAGAUUGUUGGUUCAUGGCUGCUCUCUGUACCAUGGGCAAUAAGAUAGGUCUUAUUGAGAAGAUCUGCGUGGCUCGGGAUGAAAAGGUCGGUGUUUAUGGGUUCGUGUUUUAUAGAGAUGGCGAAUGGCAACAGUGCAUAGUGGAUGACAAGUUAUAUCUGCGAGCCGCCGAUUACGACGAGUCAAUAGACGAGCGGCCCAUCUGGGACGACAUUAAUCGAAGUGAUACCGAAGAAGAGUAUCGCAAAGUCUGGCAGACUGGGUCUCGAGCGCUGUAUUUUGCCCAAUGUGUGGACGAGAACGAGACUUGGCUGCCUUUGCUUGAGAAGGCCUAUGCGAAAGUCCAUGGGGACUACUCUUCCAUUGAGGGCGGGUUUGUAGGGGAGGCUAUCGAGGAUCUCACCGGCGGUGUGACAUCUGAUAUAUUGUCCAGCAAUAUCCUGGACAAGGAUCGCUUCUGGGAAGAAGAGCUCAUGAAAGUCAACAAGGAGUUCCUUUUUGGCUGCGGAACAGGGCUAUUUUCUAACUGGCUCGACCCGAAGUACCAAGGGCCUCCAAGGGAUAGAAAGGGUAUAUCUGAGAACCACUCAUAUUCAAUCAUGGAAGCGAGAGAAGUCGAUGGUCAGCGUCUUCUUCGACUAAGAAAUCCCUGGGGAAAGAAGGAAUGGAAUGGCGCCUGGAGCGAUGGAUCGGAGCAAUGGACGCCGCAGUGGAUGGAAAAAUUAGGACAUACGUUUGGGAAUGAUGGGUUUUUCUGGAUCUCCUAUAGUGAUCUGCUUAAAAAGUAUCAACAUUUUGAUCGAACUCGGCUGUUCGGCCCUGAAUGGACCGUCACUCAGCAAUGGACCACUUUGAACGUCCCGUGGUCCGCUGAUUACCACAGCACCAAGUUCAUGCUGAAUGUGACUGAAGCUGGGCCUGCGGUCAUCGUCCUCUCCCAGCUCGACACACGCUACUUCAAGGGAUUAGCCGGCGAAUACGAUUUCAUCCUCAAGUUUCGGUUACAGAAAGAGGGAGAAGACGAGUACAUGGUACGCAGCCACAGUAGCUAUGUCAUGUACCGAUCUGUGAACGCCGAGGUCGAGCUUAGUCCUGGGAAAUACCACGUAUUGAUGAAAGUCGUAGCCUACAAACGCAGCGAUAUGGAGUCGACAGAGGAGGUGGUGAGUCAGUUGGCGCCCGUCAGGAGAGAAAAGCUCGUUCAACUCGGUCUUUCCUAUGAUUUGGCGCAUGCCAAAGGGUUAGGGUUAGAGACUGACAAGGAAAAGAGACUGCGGGAAGAUCGCGAAGGGCGUCGCAAGGCAGUGGAGAGACGGAGGCUGCGAAGAGAAACCAAGAGACGGUUACAGAGGCAGUGGAUUCGGGAGCGAAAAUUGGAAGCACGACAAAAAAGGAUUGCAGAGCGGCUCUCAGCAAAGAGCGCUGCUGGACCAGGCCGUGACCACAGCACCGCCGUCCAGAUCCUCCCGGAGGGGCCGGUGCAGUCGCCGCUGGAAACUACUACUCCUAUGGACUACCGGUCCGGGGUCGGCAUUGACAUGAAGCAUGGCAGCGUUCCGACGAUCCAGUGCAACGGUGUCCAUGUGUCCGGGUACCACUCGAAACACAAAAAGGACUCUGCGCGCACCAGUCUCGACACGCCAAACUCCCUAUCGUCCGCGCCCUCGUACUGCCCGCAAGAGGCCGAGUGGCUCGAAGGCUUCGAAUUCGACUCGGACCUGGAUAUGCCGCCGGAAGAGCCGACGGAGCCACGGGGACUCCAGGUGUCCGGCUGCGUAGAAGAAAGCGAGGACCCGUGGAACGCGGUGUGUGUUGUGGGAUUGCGGGUAUAUUCCAAAGAUCGGCAGCUGUCUUUAGAGGUGGUUCGGGCGGCCGCUGAGGAUGGGGAAGCAGCGCUUGAUAUGGAUGAUCCGGCAGCGAGUCAAUGGAUUCGAUAG